UAAACGUUUGGCUAUAAUAUGGCUCAACAACCGCGACAACCGGCGAACCCGCAGUCGAUGGCAGCGCCGCCUGACUUGCAAACGACGCCCACUGAAGCCGAAAAGCGGAAACUAAUUCAACAGCAAUUAGUACUCUUACUACACGCCCACAAAUGCCAACGAAAGGGACCGCAGCAGCAGUGCACUCUACCCCACUGUCCAACCAUGAAGAAUGUCCUCAACCAUAUGACCACAUGUACUGCCGGCCGGUCGUGUCAAGUGCCCCAUUGUGCGAGCUCUCGACAAAUCAUAUCUCACUGGAGAAACUGUACGCGCGGUAACUGUCCGGUGUGUACGCCAUUGAAACAAGCGUCUGACCUCAGGGCAGCCCUUACCCAACAGGUAGUCACCACUGAAUGCACUAAAAACUGA